AUGGUUGACGCCGCCUGUCGCAUUGCCGGAAAAGAAGAGCUCUAUAUCUUCGCCGGUCGACACUAUGGUCGUGUCAGGUUUAGCAAAGGAAGCCCGGAGCAUAGUCUUGCUGCAGGCCCGACCCUCGUAAGCAAGGGCUGGAACACUCUUCCCAAGAUGGGCUUUGGUACAGUGGACACUAUUGUGCCUGUGCCUUGGCAGGAAAAACAACUCUACGUUUUCUACGGAGGCCGAUAUGCCAAAAUCAAGCUCGAAAACUACGAUGACAGCUUUGUCAAUGAAGGGGCCCGUCUCAUUACCUCUGGAUGGAAGUCGCUCACCCAAGCGGGCUUUGACACCGUGGAUGCAGCAAUGCUCACCCCCGGAACAAAGAAUGAGAUGUACUUUUUCCGCGGCAUGCACUAUGUUCGUCUGGACUCUAGUACCGACAAAAUUGUCAAUAAGGUUGCGACUAUUGCAGAGGGCUGGCCGAGUCUUGUUCAGGCUGGCUUUGAUUGUGUUGAUGCUAUUGUUCCGAGCCCGAGUGGUCAGGAUCUCUACUAUGUCUUCCGUGGUGAUCAAUUCGCGGUGAUCAAAGUGGAUAGCUCCCGGAGGGAUACCCUUGUCUCGCCCCCGAAGACAAUCAGCUCUGCGUGGAAGGCUUUGGAAGGAUGGGUUUAG